AUGGCUGAUGAACUGGAGCAUCCAUCAGCUGUUCAGAAGCUAGCUGGACAGUCUUUCCUUGCGUCCAAGCUAAGCCCCAACUUUCACUCCAAGAAUUAUUCUGCAACAGGUUCUUACUUCAAUGGAGGACUGCACACUUCUGGGUUGGCUGCCAUGUCAUAUGUAUCUCCAAUUACUGUGCACGCUCCAGCAGAGAAAGGACCGGGUGCUUUCAUGGUGGAUUUUCUGAUGGGUGGAGUGUCUGCCGCUGUAUCGAAGACAGCUGCUGCUCCAAUUGAAAGAGUCAAAUUGCUUAUCCAAAAUCAGGAUGAAAUGAUCAAAAGUGGUCGGUUAUCUGAACCAUACAAGGGAAUUGGUGAUUGUUUUGCUCGAACCAUGAAGGAUGAGGGUGUCAUUGCUCUUUGGAGAGGCAAUACUGCCAAUGUUAUCAGAUACUUCCCUACACAGGCUCUCAACUUUGCUUUUAAGGAUUACUUCAAGAGGCUUUUCAACUUCAAAAAGGACAAAGAUGGCUACUGGAAGUGGUUUGCUGGAAAUUUGGCAUCUGGUGGUGCUGCUGGGGCUUCUUCCCUCUUAUUUGUCUAUUCUUUGGAUUAUGCUCGUACUCGUUUAGCAAACGAUGCAAAGGCUGCAAAGAAGGGUGGUGAGAGGCAAUUUAAUGGCCUGAUUGAUGUGUACAGGAAAACUAUUAAGUCUGAUGGCGUCGCUGGCCUUUAUCGUGGAUUCAACCUUUCAUGUGUUGGAAUUAUAGUGUACCGUGGUCUCUACUUUGGAAUGUAUGAUUCUCUUAAACCAGUUGUUUUGGUUGGUGGGUUGCAGGAUAGUUUCUUUGCUAGUUUCCUUUUGGGAUGGGGUAUCACAAUUGGUGCUGGUUUGGCAUCCUAUCCCAUUGACACUGUGCGUAGAAGGAUGAUGAUGACUUCUGGAGAAGCUGUGAAGUAUAAGAGCUCUUUGCAUGCAUUCCAAACAAUAGUGGCAAAAGAAGGUACCAAGUCACUCUUCAAAGGUGCUGGUGCAAACAUAUUGCGUGCUGUUGCCGGUGCUGGUGUGCUUGCCGGUUAUGAUAAGAUGCAGCUCGUUUUGUUUGGUAAGAAAUACGGAUCUGGCGGCGGCUAA